AUGAAGCUCAUGUACGCCUUUCAACCUGAAUCCCUAACUCGUAUCCUAGGCUGUCGGAGGUGUAGUUUAAAGGGCAGUUCAUUAUGUUGGCGGAGCAAUCGAGGUAGAAAAUGGUGUUACUGCUGGUAUGUUGAAGGGGGCGGAGUUAUUGAGUUGGAGGCCGUUGGACGGGAGAUUGGAUGCAAUGCAGGUGUUGCCAAGGAAAGGAGAGAGAGCAAUGGUGAGGCGUUGAAUAAAUGGGGAGAUGGAGGUGAUUGGGUUAGUACAACCACCGUUGUUAAGAGAACUGGUUUAGAGGCCAAAGCGUUGUACUGGGGAAGAGGCAGCCGCCGUAGUGGUGGCGGUAUGAAGGUUGAGAGCGGGUGGUUGCGUGUUAUAUAUGUUGGUGGGAAGUGGCGCUCGUAA